AUGAGAUUCUUACCAGCUGCUUUGCUGGUUGGAGCGGCCACUGCUGCCGUUCCUGCCCAGCAGGUCCUGAACCGGCCCAAGGAGGAACCGACUCUGGGGAGCUUCACCGCUCCAGUCCAUGCCUUCCAGGAACAACUCCAGGAACAGCUUAAGACGCUCUCUGAUGAGGCUCGUAAGCUGUGGGAUGAAAUGUCCAACUACUUCCCUGACAGCAUGGAUCACAAUCCUGUCUUCUCUCUUCCUAAGAAGCAUAACCGUCGCCCUGACUCUCACUGGGACCAUAUUGUUCGUGGGUCUGACGUCCAGAGUGUCUGGGUCGACAGUGCCAAUGGCGGCAAGGAGCGAGAGCUUGAUGGAAAGCUAGAAGCUUACGACCUUAGAGUCAAGAAGACUAACCCCAGCUCCCUCGGUAUUGACCCGAACGUGAAGCAGUACACUGGUUAUCUGGAUGACAACGAGAACGAUAAGCAUCUGUUCUAUUGGUUCUUCGAAUCACGCAAUGACCCCAAGAACGACCCCGUUGUUCUGUGGCUCAACGGUGGCCCCGGCUGCUCCUCACUCACGGGCUUGUUCUUAGAACUCGGCCCUAGCAGCAUUGACAAGAAUAUCAAGCCAGUACACAACGAUUUCUCUUGGAACUCCAACGCUUCUGUGAUUUUCCUUGACCAGCCUGUCAAUGUCGGUUAUUCUUACAGUGGCUCUGCCGUUAGUGAUACUGUUGCUGCCGGCAAGGAUAUCUAUGCCCUCCUGACCCUCUUCUUCAAACAAUUCCCAGAGUAUGCUACACAGGACUUCCACAUCGCGGGCGAGUCCUAUGCCGGCCACUAUAUCCCGGUUUUCGCCUCGGAGAUCCUGUCUCACAAGAAGCGCAACAUUAACUUGCAGUCCGUCCUCAUUGGUAAUGGUCUUACAGACGGUCUUACGCAGUAUGAAUACUAUCGUCCCAUGGCCUGUGGCGAUGGUGGAUACCCAGCUGUGCUGGACGAGGGCACUUGCCAGUCAAUGGACAAUGCUCUUCCCCGCUGCCAGUCGAUGAUCAAGGCCUGCUACGACUCCGAAAGCACAUGGGUCUGUCUCCCUGCGUCGAUCUACUGCAACAAUGCUAUGCUUGGCCCUUACCAGCGUACUGGACAGAAUGUCUACGAUAUUCGUGGCAAAUGUGAGGAUUCCAGCAACCUUUGCUACAAGGCAAUGGGCUACGUUAGUGAGUACUUGAACAAGGCUGAGGUUCGCGAGGCCGUGGGCGCCGAAGUUCAGGGUUACGAUUCGUGCAACUUUGACAUUAACCGGAACUUCCUCUUCCAUGGUGACUGGAUGAAGCCAUACCACCGCCUUGUUCCUGGUCUCCUUGAGCAGAUCCCCAUCUUGAUAUAUGCGGGUGAUGCUGACUUCAUCUGCAACUGGCUUGGCAACAAGGCCUGGACUGAAGCCUUGGAGUGGCCUGGACAGGCAGAAUAUGCCUCUGCUGUCUUGAAGGAUCUUAAGAUCGAAGAGAAUAAGCACAAGGGAAAGAAGAUUGGCGAAGUUAAGUCUCACGGCAACUUCACCUUCGUGCGCAUCUUUGGCGGGGGGGCCACAUGGUUCCUAUGGAUCAACCCGAGGCGGGUCUGGAGUUCUUUAACCGCUGGCUCGGAGGUGAAUGGUUCUAGAUGA